AUGCCCGAGUUCUGCAGGCUUGGCCGAGAAUCAGUCUUCCCAAAUCUGCUCCUCGAUGCCCCGUUCCGGAACCGGCAGCUCGCCACGCAGGUACAGCAUAACCACACCCAGCGCCCAAACGUCCCCCGGCGGGCCUCGGCCCUCGCUGGGAUCCUCCAAGAAUUUCGGCGGGAUUCACCAGGGCGUGCCUGCGCUUUGAGGUAUCCCGGUGUCUCGAGCGUUCUCGGUGCUGAGUCCGAAGUCGAUCAGCACGGCGCCGCGGGCGGCACUGAAGAGAAUAUUGCCGGGCUUGAUAUCAUUGUGACCAACGCCGCUCUCAUGAACAAAAUCGAGCGCCGAGACCAUGUCACCCAACACCUGGCGGGCAUCCGCGAGCGUGCCCGAGAAGACGAUUCGCCCUGGCGCUGGGAGUGGUGGAAAUUUGGGAUGACAGCCGAAGAUCUGUUCACGACCCUGGACGAGAAAUACAACACGGCGCCGUACAGGAUUCAGAGCUACGAAGCUUUCCACCACGACGUCAAUGAGAUUGCACACGAAGCCAGCGACCUCGCCGACUUCCAUGCAAGGCUGGCACUUCGCCGGGAUAAACGCCUCCAGGAGAUGAUGGAAGCUUGGGACAGCGUCUCGCGCACCAUCAUCUGGAAGACCGACGUCCUCAACGACAAUCCUCCGCGCUGGAAAGCUUUUCGUAACUUCCCUUGGAAUCGCUCUCUGGACUCGAUUGUCCAAUUCUUCCAGUCGCUCCUUCCGCCUCCUACACCCCCGGCUCCCCGGCUCCAUGAAGCACCCUCCUCCUCAGGCUCGGCGGCGAUCAAGCCAACCCAGACCGGCUCACCCCCACCGUUGCAAGACACAGUCCGGUCGAACCCCGCUAUCAAGACAAGUGAGGCCAGCCUGCAGCCAGAGACCAAGCCAGCUUACCCGCCCCCUCCCAAUGAUGCCCGUGAUACCCGCGGCCGGAAGGAAUUUAAGGAUGGCCAGGGAGGGAAUGGGGGGCAUGAGUCCCCAACACCGCAACCCCCACGCCAUACCGGAGCACCCCCGUCACCGUCAACAUCAAUACCAAAAGCAAAAGCAAAAACUCUAACAAGGAGCGCCGGCGUCACAAAGAACCGACAUAACCGCCUACCCCGGCAACGGACUCCUGCUGUGAGGCACUCACGCUAG